UCGAGAUCUAGUAAAACUUAAUGGAUGGGCAGAACAAAUGAAAACAAGUGUCAAUAUAAAAAAAAUCGCAUGGCGACGUUUAGAUACAUUUGAAUCCUACAAAAAUAUUCUUUUUAUUUUUUGGGUUUUAUACAAAAUAUUCUUGAUAAUGAACUUAGUGAUAUUGGUUGGACCGAUGAAGUAUUUCAAAAAUUUGCAAUGAAACAUCGAUUCAGGCAUUUUGCAUGUGAUUGUGUUAACGUUCGAGCGAAUGAAUAGUCCUUUUGGUUUGAUUAGAUGAUCUAAUAUAAUAUAUAUUAAAGAAUUAAUUAACAUUUUAAGAGAUAAAAUAAUUGACUUAUUAUUAUCAAGUUCGAAUUUCCCGUUGAAAACACAGAUUUUCAUAUGUUUAUGACAUUUUAAGAGAUGACAUAAUUGAUUUAUUAUUCUCAAGUUCGAAUUUCCUGUUGAAAACACAGAUUUUCAUAUGUAAUAAAACACAGAGAACUUUUUUAAAAGGCUUUUGUAUUAUUUUUUUGGUUUUUUUGGAAGUACAACAGGCUGUAAAAAAAAGAAACUAAACUAAAAAGAGAAUAAGAAACUCGACGGCUUGCUCCCCUAUGUUAGGAUUUUGUUUGUCUUUUGUUAUUCACUUAACCAAUUUUAAUCUAACUUUAUUUGUUUUUACCUAUUCAUCUGGAAGAAACAACCCGUUCUCAAGAAAAGAAAACAACUCGUUCUUGAGCAUCGUUAGAAAACAACAAUAACAAAUAAGAGAUUAAUUACUACAUUCAGAGCAACAAAGUUUUACCACAUAAUUAACGGUUCUAGAAGGCAAAUUAGAAAAUAUGAAAAAAUAUUGGUACAUGUAAUGAUUACAAUUAUUUUUUUGUACGAACAUUUUAUAAAAUAUGACUUGAUGGUAGCCAACCCUUUUGGUAGUGGAGAAAAUCUUGUAGUUGUGAGUGGAGUGUCCUAAUUUAAAAUAUACUUUAGGAGUCAAGAAUGUGAUCAUAUACCCAGGGAAUCUCAACAAAUGCAAAAUUUCAGUAUAUAUAACACGAUAUUUAUUGAAAACGUAUAUUAAAAUAAUUUCUCAGGCCAUCUUUUUCUAAAUAAAUAAAGAUAAAAUUAGUGAAGUCUCUUGAAAAAAAUUAACUAAACGAAAGAUUUAAGAAAGAGAGGCAUUCCAAUUCCCAACAACCAUGCUACUUUUUGUUGAUUAUAUACAUCUAUAAAUAAAACAGGAUUUCUUUCAAGAUUUGUACCAUAUUUUUAAAAGUCUAAAGUAUAUAUAAUUUUCUUGUAUAUAUUAUCUAUAAGGAGAUGGCCAGAUGGGAGAGGGCCAUUCAAGCAUCACUGUCUUUCUAUGGUGAGGGAAGGGCGGCUUUUGUGGAAACUUAGUUACCCUUUGGCAUUUUAUAAACAAUUUCAAUUCAGGGCUAGUGAUCGUUAUCGAAAAUAUUUUUUAUAUUAUCAAACCUUGGUUAGUCCAGUCCUGACUGGAGCAGAUAAAAUGGUUUCCCCUUCUCUUUUUUUUUUUUCUUUGGUUUCCCCUUCAUGCUUACAGUUUUUUCUCAGUUUACAACUUAGGAAAAUGUAGUGUUUUAUAUGAACACAUAGUUAAUAUCUUUAUUAUCACCAGCAAUGUUGAUCACCAGCUAUGUUUUAUUUCCACUGAAAAAAUACAAAAGGUAUACAAGUAUGAGUUGGUAUAUUCAACAAUGGAACACUAUGAGAGAUUCAGGACAUCUGCACGCUUAGAUUGUGUCAUAUUAAAUUAUAUUUGAUUUGUUUACUAUAAGAUAAUAACAACAAACUAAACUUAUAAAUUUAAAGUUGAUUUAUAUUUGUGAUGAUUGAAACCGACGUUUCUGAUAUUAGAUGUACGUUAAAAGAUACGAAGGGUUCUUUAAAAUUAAGCUUGGCUAUUUGCCGUCCAUCAUAUCGUUUGUCUACUAAAGCAUAUAUAUGUUUAAUACUACUAUUACACCACCUUUGUUUUAUAAUUUACACAAUGGAUUUUCUUAUACUACGGAAAAUUGAUACUGAACGGUCCAAGUUAAAUCACUGGGCUCAUUGUUCCACUUCCACUCAUAUUACACUUAUAAAACGAUCGCUCUUUCAAGUAACUUAAAAACAUAAGCCAAAGUCGGGUGAUCUCUUUUGUUAAAACACAGUCGUGUGAUCUCAAGCGUCUUCUCUCAUAAACCUAGAAACUAAUCCCAGACAUAAAAAAUAACAUGAAACUCUCAGCUUAUAUCAUUCAUACCAUUCUCUUCAUGUCGAUUGUAUUUGAUAAAAUAAAAUACAAUGAGGCAAGACAGUUGCAAACAGACGGUAAAGAUCGUGAUCAUCAAUUCACGGCCGGUUACACUGAUGAUUUCGGGCCUACUUCACCAGGUAAUAGUCCGGGCAUUGGUCAUAAGAUGAAGGAGAAUAAUGAUACUGUUGAAGGGCUUAAAGAUGACUUCAUGAAGCCUACAGCGACACCAGGACAUAGUUCCGACGUUGGACAUGCUGUCAAGAACAGUGAGCCUAAGGCUUAAAAAGAUUCAUAUAGUUUAGGGUACUGCUUAGUUGCUUUUACUAAAUUACUAUGUAUGUAUCCUUAAAAAAAAAGAAUUACAAUGUAUCCUAAAUUAUUGUGUUAAGUGUAAUUUCAAUUUAGUCUACGUAGUUUAUGAUAUGUCAUUCAUAAGUUGGUUGACUAUGAGUUAUUAGUUCAUUAAUAAAG